AUGUUGCAACAGGAAGAGAGUGAUUCCGCCCUGGCGAGGCAACUUCACGAGGAAAUAAACGGCCCUGGGUUGAGUCAGCCUGCAGCAGGAAGUAUUCCAAAUGAGACAUCAGCGGCGAAAAGCAUAGCUUGCCCGGCAUGCACUUUUGUCAAUGUAUUUACUGAUAUUUUACCAGGCCGCUCUUAUACGUGUAAGCAAUGCCUUACUGUGCUUCCUGAUCCUACACCAAACGAAACUUGGAAUGCGUCAAAUAGUAAACAAGAGAUGGUCCUGUGCGCUGCGUGCCGUUGCUUGAAUCGAAUUCCUUUGGGAAAAUUCGAUGCCAUUGUUUGUGGUACCUGUUGUCACGAACUCAAAAGCAAGAAACCGGCGAGUGAGGUUCAACCUCCCCAAACGGUUCCUGCCUCCACAAGACCAAUUCAGGUUCGCUGUGGAGAAUGUAGUAGCAUCAACGCAUUGCAGGUUGGGAGGGACGUGACAAAUGUGCGGUUUGAGUGUGGCUCCUGUCAAACAGUUAAUGAAGUUUCGCUGUAG